AUGAAAUGGAUUAGUAAAAUUGCUUAUGGAACGGGUCAAAUGCUUAAAGAUCUUGUUGUGGGAUUUAUCAGUAUAUUCUACAUCAUAUUCUAUGAAGGUUGUAUCAAUCUGAGCAGUUCACAAGUUGGGGCAUUAUUACUGUGUGGUCAGAUUGCCAAUGGAUUAGCCACACCACUGAUUGGUUAUUUAUCAGAUCGUUUACUCAGUCCAACUGAAAAACCGACAACUGCUAACCAGUCGAUAACGUAUGAAGAUGAAAGUGUAAAAAAGGAUAAGAGGUUGUUUAGUCGAAUGAAACGGCAGUUGAGACUUGGACAGAGAAAAUCAUGGCAUUUAGGUGGAUGUUUAUUGAUGCUUAUUGCUUUUCCGUUGAUGUUUGGACAACCGGAAUAUUUUGUUGGUCUUCCAAUUGUGAUGAAGUUAUUGAUCAAUGGCAUGUUUAUGAUUUGUGUUCAGGUCGGUUGUGCAGCUGUACAAAUUCCUCACUUAUCAAUUAUCAGUGAUUUGACAGACCAACAUGAUGAACAAGUAUUACUUGCAUCGGUAAUGUAUUUCUUCUGUGGAGUCGGCCACAUGACUAUGUUGCUUAUAACGUACUUAUUUUUUAAAUCAGAAAAAUCCAGUUUGUUACUUUUGAAAUCAGUAAAUGAGACUGACAUCAAUGAGAACAACAGUCAACUGUUCACAAAAUCAUUAAUAACAACUGACAUUAUUGUUGGAAGUGAACGAGUAACAUUGUCCAAUGAUUCGAUAAAUAACCAGUUAACAAAUGUCGGCAAACAAGUAGUCGUUCAUUCAGAAAACAACAUAACAAUUCAAGAUUUGCCCAUAUUUCGAAAUGUUGCAUUGAUUGUCGUUGGGAUUGGAGUAUUAUUCACAAUAAUCUUCCAUUGUGGUGUUCGUGAAGGUAAACCGAAAACACACCAACCACUCACAAUAAAAUCUUCUGAAAAUGCAUCAGAUGAAUUGUCACAAGCGAAUGGAACAAGCAACAAUAACGGACUGAUUAAUGGUAAUUCUGUUGUGGUUUCACAGCUCGAAUCCAAACGAAAACGGACCUACAGCCUUUCAUCUACACUUCCCUGGUAUGCUUGGUUUACACUACCAAGAUUCUGGCUGAGCUGUUCUACAUUCAGUAUAAUGCGUCUUAGUGUAACUGUUUCUGUGAUUUACAGUGGUCCAUUUUUGCUGAAUUCAUUAGAAAUGGAUAAAAGUUCAAUGGUUUCUGUUCCCAUAGUUACAACAAUUUCUUGUUUGAUUACAUCAAUUGGUGUUCAAAGGAUUAAUAAAUUACUCGGGAAUUAUAUUGGCUCAGUCGUCGGUGUUCCAUUUAUCCUCGGUUUUUGUACAAUCGCUUACUUUUACAAAGCAGCCGAUGAAAACCCCGUAACAAUGUAUUUUGCUGCAGCCAUCCUAGGUAUUGGUAGCACAAUCAAUAAUGUUCGAGCAUUAGUUGUGAUCACAUCAUUGAUUGGUGUAAAACAAGUACAUACAGCAGCAUUUGUUCAUGGGAUCGCAUCGUUGUUGGACAAAAUUUUGACUGGUGUCUUCAUUCAAUGCAUACAACUCUGUGUACCUCAGUUGACUUAUAGACAUAUACAAGUGUAUAUUGUAGGCGGUUUGGCAGUUUUCGGUGGUAUUCUAGUGACAAUUGAUAAUUUCAUUUAUUCAGAGAGUUUAGAGAGUACAGAUGCACCAUGUCUUUCAUGUUUUGGUCGAAGAACAAUGCCAUCAUCGCCUCCGUCACCCACGAAAUUUCAGAGUGACAAGGAAAUCAAUUCUAAUAUCCAAACCUUCCAUCACGGUGUUAGCAAUGAUAAAGAAAAUAACGAUAACUGUAUAAACUAG